GAGCUGCAAGACUCGGACUCGGCCGUGACCUGCAUCUGCUUCGGCCAAGAGAGGCUGCACAAGGCUUAUGUUCUGCUGGCCACCGCCUCCAAGGACGGGACCGUGGUGGUCUACCGCUGCUACCGCACUGAGAUGGAGAUCGCCAUGCUGGACCACGACUUUGCUCCGGAAGAGGGUGCUUACUCUUCACCUCCUGCCGACCAUUCGAACAUCGCCGUGCACUCCAGACUCGUGGGCCACUCCCGUGCCAUCACCAGCAUCUUCUUCAACUUGCUCGAAGAUCAGCUGGUCACCACCUCCAUCGACAAGUCGGUGAGAUUUUGGAGCAUCGACAGCGGGGAAAUGCUCAAAGUCUUCACGGACAGCUCGCCAGUGCCCGUCGCGGCUUUCCUUCCCUUCAACCCGCAGGUUUUCGUCGCAGCCAAUUCCAACGCAGUUCUCCGGCUGGUGAAUGUGCAGAACGGGAUGGUCCUGCAGAAGCUCAAGGUGGAGACCGAGGUCCGGGCACUGAAGUUCGACGACACGGGCCUCUUCCUUCUGGCAGGCACCAAAAGUGGCAGUAUCCAUGUGCUGGAGGCUUCGGAUGCCAACACGCUGAAAUUCAAGUUCAAGGUAAACCUUGCACGAGGAGGUGUGACGUGCAUUACCUUCGUGCCAGCGGCCGGUGGGCAGCCGCCUUGCCUCUUGGUGAACACCUCGGACUGCUCUGCGACGAUCAUUGACUGCACCUACGGCCCGCCCAGUGGGGUCCUGAACAACCUCGCAGUGAGACACCGGGUCCGGGUGGCGCACGAGCUUCUGCCGCUGAAGAACUGCUUUUCUCCCUCCGGUCCAGGCUACUUGAUCUCAGGUUCCGAGAACAAAGACGUCCACAUCUACCCUUUGGGGAAAGGCUCCAACUACAAGAUGCAGCCCUUGAAGCACCAUCAGGUUCCCGUGGUGGCUGUGUCUGUGAACAUGCAGGACACGUUGCUGGCCAGUGCCGACUCGCUGGGCCGCAUCGUGCUUUGGAGACGGAUGGACUUCUCGCACAUACCCGACUGA